UCAGGAAUGUUCUGAAAAAUUCAAUCAAGUAAUCGUUCACAACAAUAUCCACUACUUGUCACGUGAAGGAAUGAGGCAGUGAUUAGAAUUUUGGGUUAUUUUCAGAUAGAAAAUGAGUGGGAAAAUUGCACAUCGCGAUGUCGGACCUCUGCUCCAAUACUUUCGGGAUUUUAUGCGAGGGAGAAAGCACGUAAAUCAUAUAAGAUGGGCAGAUGAUAUUGCAGCACGUACUCAACCUUCACCAGACCUUCCAGGUGGACCAUAUCAUAAGACAACUAAAAUAUAUUACUUCAACAGAGAUGCUAGACGUCUGGUCCAGCAUCCAGAAAUAAUUGUAGUAGGGAAAAAACAAAUUACUGCUGGAUCUGCUGUUUCAUCGGAGGUAAAACUAAUUACUCCAAACGCCUCUUAUCUUCCCAAAUUAACUGAACCCCCGGCGUCAGUCUACCCUGACGAGAUUGGAGGAUAAAUUCUGGAAGAACUGAGAAUAAAAAUUUAGCCCGUAAAUUUUACCUGUAGAAAAUGCAAAUAAAUAAUUAUUACUGGUACUUCAAAUGGA